GAUUUAAGUGAGACCUAUACUGAGGUCAACAUUAUAAUGGCAGUGUAGAAAGAUAGAAGAAAAACGUUGCCGAUCCUCUGUCUUGUCAAUGCCUUCUAUAGACGGUAGCUGAUACAGGUUUAUUGAUACAAGGAUGGCAGUACCAUUGCUAAUCAAACACUGCCAUUAUAACGUGGACUUCACUGGAUACGUUGUGAUUUGAUUGUGGAUGAUUGAAUAAAUGCUCUCCAAUGUUCUUAGUUGGGAGAGUUGGAACUCAGUUUUGUCUGAGUAGCUGUCACUGAUCGAGUAGGAUGGACACAAAGACAAUAUCUUUGGUCGCUUUCCUGAAUAAUUUCUCACCACAAAACCUCUGCUAUAGUUUUGCAAAAUUGCAUUUGACUUCCGAAAAAAGUCUGCGAUCUUCUGGGAACUUCCUUGUGACGUAGUAAUAAUAUAGUCGUGGGUGUAGGAUAUAUUUGUUCAGUACCACUGUAGCAAUGUCAAGAAACGCAAGUGUUUUUCUGUUGUGGAUAUAUUUCCUGGUGACAGUUUGUUGCGAGGAGAAAGAAGAUGCAACAGCAGUGGCCAACCGCAUGGCAGAUCAGGUACGAGCGGUUCUCGAGCAUUACAAGGACAACCCCGACCCAGUCGGUCUGCCCGAUACCGUCUACAAAAUACCCGACCCCAUGCCAAUCCCCACAAUCAGACAAACCUCAGGAUAUGCCACCCUCACCAUGUUCAACUGCUCCGUCUACGGUCUGUCAAGGUUCCGCAUCGAGAGCGUCUACACGAACCUGGCCGAGCUACAGAUGGUGGCCGAGCUGAGGAUAGAGAACCUGGAAGUGAGAGGGAACUACACUCUCACCUCUUGGUUAUCCCGAUCAGCUGACAGUUGCAUGGUUAAACUGAGUGACGUCUACGUGGUUGGUUUGGCUGAGAUGAGUAUUGCUCGUGAAGGUCACCUGCAGGCAUCCAGGAUUGACAUGGAUAUAUCUGUCGAUGAGAUCAACCUCGACUUUCAGAACCUUGGGUUCCUGGCUUCACUGUUCCAGGGCAUGAUGAACUCUGUCGGUGUGUUUGUGUUUGACUCGAUCAAGCCGUUCAUCUUGAAUGCGGUCAACGCGGAUUUGAGGAAUGGGAUUGAUAAGGCAGCGCGCGAAAUAAAGAUGACAUUCCCCAACUCUAUCCCGCCUCUGGAUUUGGCCAUUGCUGAGGGCAGGAAACGGGUGAUGAGCCUUGGAUAUGACCCAUACAUGUUUCCAGAUUACUCGCAAAGCGCAGGCAUGUUCGGCAUGUACAUGACAAACAUGUGGGUGACAGGCCUUGGGUCGUUCUACCGUGUGGGCAACAUGACAGUGUCCAUGCAGAACCACGUGGUACAAAUAGGUGUCAGUGUGGGCACAGAUGAGCUCAUGGGCAACUGUCAUUGGCAGAUAUCGGCAGCUGGGCUCUACUCACAUGCAGGGGCCACUUCAUUCACUGUCGAAUAUGUACAGGUUGAAGCCAAGCUGAACCAAGCCCUGGACAUCAGAAAGCAUCCAGUCCUGGAAAGCCUUGACAUGACAGUUGGCAACAUCCAGCUCAGACACGAAGGCACCGGUUCCCUCGACUAUGCACUGGAACUCCUGGUCAACCUCCUACCCAACAUUCUGCGUUACCAGAUCGUUGACGCUCUCGAGGACCCUCUCAGACGGCGGUUCCAGGAGAUUCUCAACAGUGUGGAUGUGGAGAAGAUCAUCAACGAAGAAAUACCCAAAUUUGAGAAGAUGAUCUCACAAACUAACGCUUCAAGUCAAGUGAAUAUCACAGAGAACCUGGAGAAAGUGAAUGAGGAAAUCGAGGAUGAAGAACUCGAUCUGGAUGCAGAUCUGUAGUCCUGAGAUUUUUUCAAAUAAAAUCAUCCUUAUUCACUCAA